AUGGACGAAAAUCGCAGAGUGCGCUCCGAUGUGCGUCACUUGUAUAUUUUCUCCCGUGUGAAGGAUUUCUUCGCCUGCGGUGAUCCUGACACCAUGGACCGUCUCACCCAACAACUUGAUCUCAACUUCACGGACGGUUCUCCAAACUUCGUGGUGGUCCACGAUAUGUUGGAGGGCCGUGGGGCAUCUACACUGCUCUUCACUUACCAGCCAGACCCAGACGCAGAGGAAAACGCAGGGGAUGUGCUGCGCGUUAUUAACACCAUGAAAGAGAAAAUUCCCUGUCUGACAAAGCGCUGUGUAUAUCUCAUUCGCACAGAUGAUGGAAAGGCCAUCAACUCCAAAGAUGCCACACAAGUUGUGCAAGAAGUAGCCAUGGGAACACUAGAGGCCAAUGUUUUACAGAGUUUUGAACACCUUCUUAUGGAAGUCUACACACCGUUGUUUAACAAAUUCACCAAAUGGGGUAAAAACUCUGUGGCGGAGCGUAAUCAAUUUAUUGUUCAUCUCCUUCGCUAUGCAGACCGAGUAUCGGAGCUGCAGCAACUGCAGGGUGAGAGCUAUGAACUGGAACCGGUGAGUGCAGAGACAUGGCGUCUACUGCAGACGGGCGGUGUAAACAAGCGCGGCGGCAUUAAUGACCCUGUGGUCGUGCACAGCCUCACAACAUCUGUGGAGGGUUGGAUUAAAGUUAUCCAGGAAGUUGUGCAGCAAACACCAAACUACGAAAAUGAGUUAAACGACGAGAAGGCAGGUCCAAAAACGGAAAUUCACUUGUGGAAAAAUAGACUCGCUAAAUUACAUCUCGUGGAGGAACAGCUCGCCGCAGUGGAGGCCGCACGGGCUGUACAGUACUUGCGGGAAGUGAAGAGUCCACUGCUGCCAUGCUGGACAGAAGUAGAUACCGCACUCACAGAGGCAUUAGCAGAGGCGCGGGAAAACGUAAAGUAUCUCCGCUCACUUGACAAAUACUUUGAUGUAUUAUACUCCUCUGAUAUUUCAGAAAUUAUUAAAAUUCUACCAUCACUUAUCUCAAACAUUCGCAUGAUGUACACGAUUGCACGUUAUUACUCUAAACGAGAACGUAUGACGGCAUUGUUCUUUAAGAUUACAAAUGCGAUGGUAUUGUCGUGUAAAUCGGCAAUCAAUCCUUCCGGGGUACGUGGACGUAUUUGGGAAAAUGCGCAGUACUUUGAUACUUUAAGAGAACUAUUACGUCAACUUCAACUAAGUGCGGAGUGUAAUAAGGCUUAUAAUGAAGAGUACAAGAAGGCACAGGAAAUACUAGCACGAAAAGAUGGAAAACAAUUUGACUUUGAUGAAUUAAAAUUUAUGGGUCAUUUUAAUCUUUUCACAAAGCGUGUAGACAAACUUAUCAGCGUGUUUAGUACUGUAGAACAAUUUAUGGAACUUAAAGCAUAUAAUAUUGAGCAAAUGGAAGGUCUUAUUCCACGUUUUGAAGAAUAUUUGGGACACUUACGUGGAAAGACAACUGAUAUUCUCGAUAUUCACGAUAAUAAUAAGUUUGAUGUGGAAUUCAAAAUUUUUGAAACACGUAUUGCAGAACUAGAGACAUCUAUGCAAGUGGCCAUUAACUCCUCUUUUGAAAAUAUUACUUCUACAGAUAAUGCGCUGCAAUUACUUGCAAAAUAUCAACGUAUUUUAAGGAAUGAAGCCUUCGCGGCUGAUCUAGAGUCUAAGUAUCUUGUGAUCUUCCAUAGCUAUGGGAUGGAACUAGAGAAUGAUCAAAAAACGUAUGAACGCUACAAAACAGAUCCCCCUGUGGCUCGUAAUAUGACACCCGUUGCAGGCGCCAUCAGUUGGGCCCGACAAUUGUUGCGGCACAUCAAAUCUCCCAUGGAUCGGUUUAAAACAAACCGUACUAUUAUGGCAAAUACAAAAGAUAGCAAAAAGGUUAUUCGUACAUACAAUAAGGUAUCUGUGGCAUUAAUUGAAUUUGAGGCCAUUUGGGUAGAUGCAUGGAAACGUUCAAUUGAGUCAAGUAAAUCAGGACUGAAUGCGACAUUACUUGUACGUCAUGAAGGUCGUUUACUGGUAAAUUUUGAUGUGGAAAUCAUUCAAUUAAUUAAGGAAACUCGUGCUAUUAUGCUUCUUGGUGAUAUUGAUGUACCUAUGUCUGCGAAAAUGGUAUUAAUGCAGGAACAACGUUUGAGAACAUUCUAUAAUGAACUCUCCUAUCUUGUGAAGGAGUAUGAACGGGUUGUGGGUCGUGCUGGGGGAACACGUAGUAAAAUUGUUGGUAUUACACGUGCCCUUCUUCAACCAAACCUUGAUGCUCUGGAUGCUGUAUUCCUUCCUGGUGAGACCACACUUACAUGGACCUCUAUGAAUGUGGAUACAUACCUGGAACGAGUACAAAAGGCUAUUCAAGACCUGGAUGCCCUCGUAACCAAAGUAAAUGAUAUCAUUCAUCAUCGCAUUCAAUUAAAUCUAAAGCUUAUCUCUUCUACACUUCUUGUAAACAUUUUUGAAGACCACUUCUCACUCGAUCAGUUUGUGCAAGUACAGGAAAAACAUAUUCGACAACAAUGUGAGGUAAUGGAUGUUAAGAAUCGAGAAGUGGAAACAGCUGUGGAUGAUGUUAUUUCAUGUAUUCUCGGAAGUCAAGGAGUUUCAUAUGAUACAGCCAAUCUUGACAGUGCAACACAGGAACGUAUUGCAACUUUAAAGGGACACUUCAAUCGUCUCAUGUUUAAAGCUAUCCUUACUAGUACGACUCGUUCACUGAAUCUCUUAAAGAAACGUGUUGGUACACGCAAUCGGGUUUCAUUUCUUUUUGUGGAAAAACCAUUUUUUGAUGUGGACGUACAAUUGAUUAACGCUGAACCAUAUGUGUAUUUGAAUCCUUCUCUAGAUGAGGUGCAAAAGGCCAUUAACCAAUGUGCAACCGCUGUACUCUCUUGUAGUAAAUAUAUGACCUUAUGGAGUGGACUUGGUGAUGAUGUAUUAUCUUUCUUUGAAGAAAUUGCGAAAAAUAAAGAAAUUGUAAAGGUCGUAUUACUUCUUACAGGUGGUAUUCAUGGUCUAAAGAAACAAGUAAUGGAAUAUCUUAAUCAUUUCCGCAAAUAUGAACAUCUUUGGAAAGGAGAUAAGGAUACAUCCUAUGAAGCCUUUAUUGCUACCAAUCCAUCAUUGGAUGAUUUUGAAUCUAUACUACGUAAAUAUGUGGAAUUACAAGAAGAAAUAGAAGCAUUAACACCUGUUUUUAACAUUGGAAGUCUUGCUUUACAGAAUAAACCACUUAAGACAGAUCUUCUUCGCAAAGUGGCGGAAUGGCGGGAACUCUUCUCACAUAAAUUACAUGCUAAAGCACAGUUAGAACUUGAUACCCUCACUCACAAGAUGGAUGAAGAAGCUCAUCAACUUGCAAUGCCAAUUCCUGAUCAAGAGAAAUUAGAAGAUCUUCGUAUGCUUAUGGAAACGCUUCAAGAAAUUCGUGAUCGUGAAUCUGUGGUGGAGUUUCAAUUUUACCCUGUUCAACAGGCAUAUGCACUACUACAGAAAUUUAACGUUCAACUCUUUAAAGAAGAAAUUGAUCGUGUAGAGGAUAUUCGUUUCAAGUGGAGAAAAUUACAUGAAUUGGCUGAACGCCGUUCAGAUGAGAUUAAUCACAUGCAGCAUGGAUUUAAAAAAGGUCUCACACAAGAAGUACAGAAGUUUGGGGCUGAAGUUAUUGCCUUCCGUAAUGACUAUGAUGCCCAUGGUCCAAUGGUAGAGGGAUUGAAACCACAAGAAGCCAUGGAGCGACUGAAACGAUAUCAACGUCAAUUUGAUGAUAAAUACCGUAAGUGGUUAACACACAUGGCAGGUGAGGAACUCUUUGGUUUACCACAGCAUAAAUAUCCAGAGUUGGUGAAGACUAAGAAGGAAUUGGAAUUACUGGACAAACUCUACACACUUUACAUUAAUGUUUUACAGAAGGUAGAUGGUUACAAUGAUGUACUCUGGUGUGAACUUGACUUUGAUGCUAUUGCGGAAGAGGUGAGUGUAUUUGUGAAUCAGUGUAAACGAUUACCAAAGUCUCUACGGGACUGGGAUGCCUAUGUAGAACUGAAAAAGAUUCUAGAUGAUUUCAUGGAAUUACAACCGGUUAUUCAGGAAUUGAAAAAUCCUGCCGUGGUGGAGCGUCAUUGGCAAGAGAUUAUGCGAGUGACAGGACACAAAUGGCGUACAGAUCCUGAUUUAUUUAAAUUGCAGAAUCUCGUGGAUGCGGAUUUAUUACGAGUGGCGGAUGAAGUCAUUGAUAUUGCCAGUUCCUCUGUACGUGAAGCUGAAGUGGAAUCCAAGUUCCGUGCACAAGAGGCUCUUUGGCGAGAUCAGGAGUUAAAGUUCUCUGAAUUUAAACACCGAGGUCCUAUUAUUUUAAAGGGUGAUGAUACCUCUGCAAAGCGUGAGGCAUUAGAUGAAUCCUCAUUAGCCAUUAACUCCAUGUUAUCUUCUCGGUAUUGUGCCUUUAUGCGAGAUACAAUACAGAGCUUCCUACAGAAACUUGUUAAGGUGAGUGAGAUUAUAGCUUUAUGGGUGGAAGUGCAGUUUACAUGGCAAUAUCUUGAAGCCGUGUUUGCGGGAGGUGAUAUUAUGAAACAAUUACCACAAGAAGCGAAACGUUUUGCAAUGAUUGAUAAAGCUUGGCAGAAGAUUAUGAAUAAAGCGAAUGAGACUCCAAAUGUAUUGGAAUUCUGUUAUGAAAAUGAAUUACUGCAAAAUCUACCAAACUUAAAGGAACAAUUGGAUGAAUGUCAACGUAAACUUUCACUCUAUCUUGAACAAAAACGAAAUCUCUUCCCUCGUUUUUACUUUGUAUCCGAUACCGUACUAUUGGAGAUUCUCUCCCAGGCAAGUGAUCCUCAGUCUAUUCAACCUCAUCUCGCAUCUAUCUUUGAUGGUCUCGCAUCUGUACGUUUUGAUCGUGUAAAACCACGAGAGGCAGGCGCACAGCCGUAUUUUCAAAUUGUUGAAAUGAUUUCAGGUGAGGGUGAGUCUCUGUUAAUGCGUGAACCCACACCAUGUGUUGGAAACGUUGAAGAUUGGCUCAAUCGCCUUUGCGCUGGUAUGACGGCUACCGUGCGAGAAGUAGUAAAGGGUAGUGUUACCGAGUUAAGUACAUUACUUGGCAAUACCAAUUAUCUUGGAUCUAUCAUUGAUCGCUAUCCCGCACAGGUUUCACUUCUUAUGCUGCAGUUCUUCUGGACAGCAGAUGUCACGGAGUGUAUUACGAAAGGUAUUAUGCGAGCGCGUGGAAGAGAAUCCGCCUCUGCCCGUGCAAAGUGUGAUGCUGUAAAGAAUUUUCUUGUGAAUAUGACUACCUCACCAGAUCUUGAGCGACAACCAAAGCGAAUGCGUACAAAUGUGGAAACUCUUAUUACCAUUCAGGUCCAUCAGCAAGAGGUGUUUAUGGACUUACAGAAGGCAUCUAUUAAAGAUAUUACACAUUUUGAUUGGCUUAAACAGGCAAGGUUCUACUAUAAACCAGAACGUGAUCUUACAAUUAUUUCUAUUGCAGAUUCUGAUACAGAGUACUGUAAUGAAUACUUGGGUGUGAAAGAACGUCUCGUUAUUACUCCAUUAACAGAUCGUUGUUACAUUACAUUAUCUCAGGCACUUGCAAUGUAUAUGGGUGGUGCUCCUGCUGGACCUGCAGGUACGGGAAAAACAGAAACGACAAAGGAUCUUGCCCGAACUUAUGGUAAGUUCUGUGUUGUGUUUAACUGUUCAGAUCAGCUGGAUCGUCAUGCUAUGGGAAAAAUUAUUCGUGGUCUUUCACAAGCGAAUGCAUGGGGAUGUUUUGAUGAAUUUAAUCGUAUUGAUCUUCCUGUGCUUUCUGUUGUGGCCCAACAAGUAAGUUGCGUAUUACAAGCUCUUAAACAACAUAAAGAGAAGUUUAUCUUUAUUGAUGGACAGGUAACAGACCUUAUGCCUGGUGUGGGCUUCUUCAUUACAAUGAAUCCAGGUUAUGCUGGUCGACAAGAGUUACCAGAGAAUCUUAAGAUUCUUUUCCGUGGUGUUACUAUGAUGAUUCCUGAUCGUCAAACUAUUAUGAAGGUUAAACUGGCAUCUCAGGGAUACAGUUUAGAUGAUUUACUCAGUAAGAAAUUCUUUACCCUUUAUAAACUUUGUGAAGAGCAGUUAUCCAAACAACGACACUAUGACUUUGGUUUACGUAAUAUUCUUUCCGUGCUGCGUACUGCAGGUGCGGUACUUCGUCGUAAUCCUGGAAAAGAUGAAGAAGAUCUCUUUAUGCGUACAUUACGUGAUAUGAACUUUUCAAAACUCGUCUUUGAAGAUAUUGAACUUUUUGAUUCCCUUUUACGUGAUAUGUUCCCUGGACGACAGUUUGUAAAAGGUACACAUCCAGAGAUUGAGGGUGAACUCGCAAAAGUUAUUCAAGAGAAAGGUCUCCAGCAGUGGACUCCAUGGGUACAUAAAGUACUGCAAUUGUAUGAAACGAAAUUGGUUCGGCAUGGUAUUAUGGUUGUUGGGCCUGCGAUGUGUGGAAAGACACAAUGUUAUGAAGUGAUGACGGAAUCGCUUAGCCGUACAACGGUUCCUCAUCAACAACUUCGUAUGAAUCCAAAGGCAAUUACAGCACCACAAAUGUUUGGACGUAUUGAUGUUUCGGGUGAUUGGCAUGAUGGUGUGUUUUCAUCUCUCUGGCGUACAGCUGUACGAAAUGCAAAGAAACGAAAUAUUUGGAUUAUUUGUGAUGGUCCAGUAGAUGCUAUUUGGAUUGAGAAUCUUAACACAGUAUUGGAUGAUAAUAAACUUUUGACACUUGCCAAUGGUGAUCGUAUUCAAAUGACAGAUACAAUGAAGUGUUGUUUUGAAGUGGAGAACUUGGCAAAUGCUUCUCCUGCUACUGUAUCACGUGCUGGUAUUAUUUACAUUUCAGAUGUGGUUCUCGGUUGGAAACCAGUUUUGGAAUCUAAACUACGGGCUAAAGCAAGUGCUGAUGGUAAGAUAUUACCCUCUGAUGUUGUGGUUCCAUGCAAUCAACUCCUUGCAGAGAAAUUACUUGAAAUCUUUUUACCAAACACAGAAGGAUCUACAGAACCUAAUAUAACGGAGAAGGUGGCUGAAUUCUAUGAAAAGGAGUGUAGUAUCAUUAUGAAAACCUCUACUGCCCAUCUUGUUAUAAAUGCUUUCCAUCUCGCUGUGGCUCUUGGUGAGGAAAUUGGUGAUGGAGUGGCUGUGAAUGAUGCGCUUGCCCAACAAAUCUACUGGUUUAGUAUUUCUUGGGCCUUUGGUGGUAUGUUGGAAUCCAAAGAUCGUGUGAAGUUUGAUGCCUUUGUACGGCAACAUUAUGAACAUUUACCACCAUCAUCGGAAGGAACUAUCUUUGAUUUAUCACUUAACUGUAAAUCUGGUGAAUGGGAGCUAUGGACAUCAUUCCUUGAUAAGUGGAAGUACCCUGGUGAUGAUAAACUUGAUUUUUCAACUCUAUUCAUUCCUACUGCUGAUUCUGUUCGUUUACACUUCCUUGCUAACUGUAAUUUUAUGCAGAAACGACCAACAUUAUUAAUUGGUGUGAGUGGUACAGCUAAAACGGUUACAAUGGAAAAGUUGUUAUUGAAAAUUAAAUCCGAAUCAGAAACCUCAAACUUCCGAAAAUUAAAUUUUUCAUCCAUGACAACACCUCAAAACUUUUACAAUGCCUUGGAUGAUAUGACAGAAAAACGUAUGGGUUCUACCUUUGGUCCAAAGAAUUGUGAACAGUUAACUGUAUUUAUUGAUGAUAUCAACAUGCCUGAAAUCAAUGAAUGGGGUGAUCAGAUUACAAAUGAGAUUGUACGUCAAGUGGUGGAAUCGAAUAUGGUGUAUGAUUUGGGUCUCGCCGGUCGUCGUAAAGAACUCUGUGGACUUGUUUAUAUGGCUGCCAUGUCUCAUCCAUCUGGUGGUAAAAAUGAUAUUCCCAAUCGUCUUAAACGACACUUCUCUGUAUUUAAUGUUCCUCUACCAGAGGAGAGUUCUGUUCAACAGAUCUUUGGUGUUAUUUUUGAAGGACGAUUCUGUAAUGACAACUACGCACGUGGGGUACAAGAUAUUGCAAAGAUGUUAACACAAAUGUCUAUUGAUUUCUGGCGUGCUAUUGCAAAGAGAAUGUUACCAACACCGGAUAAAUUCCACUACUUCUUUAACUUGCGAGAUCUUUCACGUAUUACUCAGGGUAUUAUGUUAGCAGGUAUGUUCUACGAUCCCGAUCGCCCAGAGAAACGAUCCACCAGUAAACCAUGGGAAAUUAUCACAGAUGCCGUUACUCUUGUAAGAGUUUGGAAACAUGAGUGUUCUCGUGUCUUUAGUGAUAAACUUAACAGUGUGAAUGAUAAACGUUGGUUUGAUGAAAACUUACAGGAAUGUGUUGCCCAACAUUUGACACCCACACCCUAUCGGGAGAUUGUGGAUCAAGUACGUGAACCUAUUUACAUGGCUAAUUAUCUACGUGAUCCUAUUAUUGAUCCAGAGACGGGUGAAAUCGCAGAGGCGGCUCCACGCAUUUAUGAACCAGCUCCUUCUAUAGAAGUAUUACAAGAUCGUUUAUUACGUGCCAUGAAAGCCCAUGAUGAACAGAGUCGUGUAAAGAAAUUAAAACUUGUCUUAUUUGAGGCCGCUGUAAAGAAUGUUUCACGUAUUUCUCGUGUAUUAUCUCUUCCACGUGGUAAUCUUUUACUUGUGGGUGUUGGUGGUAGCGGUAAACAAUCUCUUACACGUCUUGCAGCUCAUGUGAAUUCGCAAGAAUAUGCUACUUUGGUCUUAUCAAAGGGUUUCGGUGUUAAUCAAUUGUUUGAUGCCAUUCGUGAACAAUAUAUUGUGGCAGCCACUAAACGUCCAGUAACGAUGCUUUUCACAGAUAAUGAUAUUAAACAAGAAAUCUUCCUUGAAUAUAUUAACUCCUUCCUUUCCAAUGGUGAAAUUGCUGGUCUCUUUGCAUCUGAUCAACGUGAUUCCGCUAUUAAUGAUAUUCGUCCUGUUAUGAAGAAAGAUCCAUUUGUAAAAUUUGAUGAUAUGAAUGAGACACUGUGGAAAUAUUUUAUUAAUCGUGUACGCGAACGUCUACACUUUGUUUUGUGCUUCUCUCCUGUUGGAGAUAAAUUCCGUACUCGUGCUCGUAAGUUCCCUGCACUUGUCUCUUCCUGUAUGAUCAAUUGGUUCUUCCCAUGGCCUAAGCAAGCCUUAUUGGAUGUUUCCUUCCGUACUCUUAAAUCCUUUGAAAUGGCGACGGAAGAAAAGAAUAAGAAGGCACUUGUGGAACUCAUGGCUGAAAUUCACUCUUUAAUGUUGGAUAAAUCAGAGGAAUACCUCACACGGUAUAGACGUUCUGUCUACAGUACUCCCAAAUCUUAUCUUGGAUUUAUUGAAUCCUAUACAAGUGUUUACAGAAAGAAAUUUAAUGAAUUAAACGAGGAUGCAAGUAAGAUUAAUAAGGGUUUACAAAAACUUCAUCAAGCUGGUGAGGAUGUACGUGUUAUGCGAACACAAUUACAGGAAAAGGAAGUUCUUUUACAAAACAAACGCAAGGAGACGGAUGUGUUGGUGAAGGAAAUUGAAAUUCGCACAGCGGAGGCAGAGAAAAAGCGAAUGGAAGUUGAGAUUGUGAAGGAGACGGUGGCACGGGAUGCGGCUAUUGUGGCGGAAGGUGAGGCGGAAGCCAAGAAAGAUCUCGAGGCCGCAGAGCCUGCACUCUUAGAGGCUAUUGAGUCUCUUAACUCCAUCACAGCAAAUGACUUCACCACACUGAAGAAAUUGGCAAAUCCACCCGCUCUUAUUAAACGUAUUUUUGAUGCGGUCUCUGUACUUCUACACCGUCCACUUUUGCCCCCCGGUGCGGAGGAGGUGAAGGGACAUCUCUGGAUCACAGACUCAUGGGAGUUCAGUGGUAGACAAUUGGCCUCCGACUCGGGUACAUUAGACACACUACGUUCAUUUGGUGAGAAUCAGAAGGAUUAUAUUAAUGAGGAAACAUGUGAAUUACUUCUCCCAUAUCUCUGGAUGGAUGACUUUACACAGGAACGGGCACGUAAGGCUUCUGGUAAUAUUGCAGGUCUUUGUACAUGGGUACGUAGUAUGUACAAGUAUAUUAAUAUUGCCAAGAUUGUGGCCCCCAAGCGUGAAAAAUUACGUAUCGCAACCAUUAAACUUCGUGUGGCCAACAAGAAGAAGGAAGAACAAGAGGAAGAACUGGCACGGGUGACAGCAGAAGUGGAACGAUAUAAUCAACAAUUGGCAGAAGAAAACGCAAAGAAACAAGCACUGGAGGAUGAUGCAACACGUACAAAACAACGUAUGGAUAGUGCGAAUGGACUCAUUGAUGCUCUCUCUGGUGAACGUGAACGAUGGACACAACAGAGUAAUGACUUCAAAUCCUUGAUUGAACGAUUGGUGGGAGAUGUCGCGUUAAGUUGUGCUUUUAUUUCUUAUUGUGGACCAUUUAAUUCAGAGUUCCGUCAUCAAUUACUAUACAAGAAUUUCUAUCCCAAGUGUAAAGAACUAAAGAUUCCCGUUACAUCGGAUAUUAAUGUGGUGAAAUUCCUCGUAGAUGAGACGACCAUUGCCGAUUGGCAAUUAGAAGGUUUACCAGCAGAUGAUCACUCUGUACAGAAUGCUAUUAUGAUUACAACAAGUGCAAAGUUUCCACUGAUGAUUGAUCCACAAGGACAAGCACUUAAUUGGAUUCGUAAACGUACAGAACGUAUGCAAGGAAAACUUUGUCAGUUAAGUGAUCGUACCUUUGUGAUGAAUUUACAAGAGCAACUUGAUGCUGGUCGUCCCCUUAUUGUGGAAAAUGUACCAGAAGAAAUAGAUCCUAUGAUUGAUCCCGUAUUAGAGAAACAGGUGGUAAAGAGUGGUAAAACACAAAUUAUUCGAAUCAAUGGUGAGGAAAUGGGCUAUAAUGAAAACUUUAGUAUGUUCCUUACUACCAAACUACCAAAUCCAAGCUUUACACCAGAAAUGUUCGCUAAGAGUCUCGUUAUUGAUUUCACAGUAACAAUGGAAGGUCUAGAGCAACAGUUAUUGUCACAUGUUAUUAGCCGUGAAAAGGCGGAGUUGAAUGAAGAGAGUGCUAAAUUAUCAGAAGAUAUUAACAGUAAUGAAAAGCGCCGUAAAAAUCUUGAAGAUCGUUUACUUAAACAAUUAAGUGAGUCACAAGGUAAUCUUAUUGAUGAUGUCGCACUUAUUCAAACCCUACAAGAGACGAAAGAUGCAUCUGCUGAAAUUGCUGAGAAAUUGACAACAGCAUUAGAAACGAAAAAACGUAUUGCAGGUGCAUGUGAGGAAUAUCGACCAGUUGCCACUCGUGGUGCUGUUUUAUACUUCCUUGUGGUGGAAAUGUCCCUUGUGAGUCAUAUGUAUCAGACUUCACUUGUGCAAUUUGAUGGUAUCUUUGAUAGUUCUAUUCAACGAUCGGAACAUCAUCCUGCUACUACCCGACGUAUUCAGUGUAUUAUUGAAUAUCUCACCAUGGCUGUAUUUAAGUAUGUUAUUCGUAUGCUCUUUUCAAAGCAUAAAUUACUUUUUGUAUUGUUAAUGGCAUGUAAGAUACAAAUGAAGGCUGGACUUUUAGAUUCUACUUCUUUUGAUGUAUUCUUAAAGGGUGGAGGUGCAAUGCAGGUGGAACGUUCAAAACCGUUUGUAUGGAUUAAGGAUAAAAUGUGGGCAAAUGUUCUUGCACUAUCAGAGCAAGUACCACGUUCUUUCAAACAAGUUCCAGAUCUUAUUAUGCGUAAUGAACAAGCUUGGCGUCAGUAUAUUGAUUCAGAUAUGAUUGAAAGUAUACCCGUACCAGAUAUAAAUGAAAAACUUGAUUCUUUUGAUCGACUCCUUAUUGUUCGUGCAUUACGUGAAGAUCGUGCCAUGUUAGCAGCAAACUUAUAUGUGGGUCGUACACUUGGUAAAGAAUUUGCAGAACCACAACAGCUUGAACUUCAUGAUGUAGUGGAAGAAACAAAUGGUAUGACACCUAUUGUAUUCUUACUCUCACAAGGUUCUGAUCCUACAACUCUUAUUGAGGCAGCAGCAAAAUCACUCAAAAAGAAGAUAUUCCCUAUUUCUAUGGGACAAGGACAAGAAGAGGCUGCGAUGAACAUUGUGGGUAGUGCAUGGAAUAAUGGUGAUUGGGCAUUACUUCAAAAUUGUCAUCUUGGUUUACCCUUUUUGAUACAACUAGAGGAAAAACUGAGACAACAACAGCUUCCAGGUGAAAAGAAAGCAGAAAUUCAUGAAGAUGCACGAUUGUGGGUAACAACAGAACCUCAUAAUUCAUUCCCUAUUGGAUUGUUACAAAUGUCUAUUAAGUUAACCAAUGAACCACCACAAGGUAUAAAGGCAGGACUUGUACGUACCUAUUCAUGGAUGUCACAAGAUUAUCUUGAGAUGUUCCGUCGUCCUGAAUGGAAACCCAUGCUCUUUACACAGUGCUUCUUACACUCCGUUGUGGUAGAACGUCGAAAGUUUGGUCCUAUUGGUUUCAGUGUACCGUAUGAAUUUAAUCAAGGUGAUUGGACCGCUUCUGUUCAAUUCCUUAUUAAUCAUAUGACAACUAUUGGUGAAACCCUUAAAAAUCCUGUAAAUCGUGAUACUGUAUGUUAUAUGGUCUCUGAUAUUCAAUAUGGUGGACGUAUUACAGAUAAUAAUGAUCGUGCCUUAUUUAAGGCUAUUACCGAGUUCUUAUAUGAUGUACGUAUUACUAAUCCAGAUAAGGUACGUGAUUUGAAACCGGUUCUUGAUGUUAAACAGAAUUUGAACAGUAACAAUAGUAACAAUACUAAUGAUUUGAUGGAGUUUGCCCCAGGUUACGCGAUUCCACCCUUUGAUGAUAUGAAUAAACAUCGUGAAUUUAUUCGUGAGACUUACCCUGAUGUGGAUACAACGGAGGUAUUCCAAAUGCACUCCAAUGCAGAUAUUACCUAUCGUACUCGUCAAGCACAAGAGGCACUCACAACGAUUCUUGAUAUUCAACCUCGUGAUGCUGUUACUCGUGGUGGUGUCACACGUGAGGAGAAGGUGUUGGGAAUGGCGGAUAACUUCCUACGUCAGCUUCCGGAGAACUGGACAGUUGACCGUAAGCAGUACCUUGGCGAUCGCCAACCGCUUUCUAUCUUUGCCUGUCAGGAGAUUGACCGUCUGUCGGUGACGAUCCGUGUGAUUCGCCAGACCUGCACGAACCUCAAACUUGCGGUGGCUGGUACGAUCAUCUUAACUCCAGCGCUGCAGGACGCGUUGGAUUAUCUCUACGCGGCCCGUGUCCCGCCGUCGUGGGUGGCGGUUGGAUGGCCGUCGCCGAACAUUUCCCUGUGGUUUGGGGAGGUGCUGCGGCGGUAUGAGCAGCUGGACGGCUGGGCCCGCACUGGGCGGCCGGCGGUGUAUUGGCUGCCGGGCUUCUUCAACCCGCAGGGGUUCCUCACGUCGGUGCGGCAGGAGAUCACCCGCAGCCACGCCGGGGAGGCGGUGCCGUGGGCCCUCGACAAGGUGGAGACCCGCACGGAGGUCCGCUCCGCCGAGUACCGUCCGGGGCAGGAGCCAAAGCCGGAGGAUCUCAAGACGGAGCGCGGCGAGGUGGUCAUCUACGGCCUCUUCCUCGAGGGCGCCAUGUGGGAUAAGGUGAACAAGCGGCUGAAGGACCCACCACCGGGGGAUCUCUUCCGCGAACUCCCCAUGCUGCUCAUCUCCGCCGUGAAUAAGGAUGCCCCGCAGGUACAUCAGAAUGCACCUAUUAAGCCAGGACAGAUGAAGGAAAGGCAGAAGAAGCAGGAGUACUAUAGGUGCCCAGUGUACAAGUACCCAACACGCUCAGAUCUUCACUGGAUCUUCGAUGUCAAUCUACCCGUCGCAGAGGAUGACGCUUACUGGCGUAUGCGAGGUGUCGCCUUGCUAGGAUCCACAGAUUAA